UUUCUCCCAUUUCCAAAUUCGAAACUCUUUCUCUUUCUCUUUCUCUUUCUCUUUUGAAAGCUUCCAUUCUUCUUUCACAAUCAGUAACAAUGAAGUCGAAUCCAACCGGAUCAAUGGAAACUGGUUUCUUGGGAAACCUUUCUUCUUCUUCCUUUCGAAAUUUCCUUCCGCGAUCCAUCUCUUCUAAGAAAAGCCUCAUUUCCUCCAUUUCUAAGAAAACCCACAAAUCUAACUCUGAAAAUACGCCUCCUAUUCACCCUAACAUUCCCCUCAACAACCAUGAAAUUCCCAUUUCUAAGCCCCCCUUUGAUUCCAGUCUCGAUCUCUCUGUAUCGCAAUCUCUUAGUUUGAAGGAUGAAGUUGUUCAAUCGGACAGUCAGUGUGAAGUUCCUAACCCCCCUGAUCCACCCAUCAAGGUUGUUGUCAGGAUUAGACCUAAUGAUAAAGAGAAUGAAGUGGAAAGGACGGUUAAGAGGAUUUCUUUAGAUGAAUUGACGUUUGGGGACCGGAAAUUUUCCUUCGAUUCGGUUUUCGAUUCAGAUUCGAAACAGGAAGAUAUCUUUUCGAAGAUUGGAAUUCCACUAGUCAAAGAUGCAUUGGCUGGUUAUAAUACUUCCAUCAUGUCAUUUGGUCAGACGGGAAGCGGUAAGACAUUCACAAUGUGGGGUCCCCCAAGUGCCAUGGUUGAAGAUCCUUCACCCCUUAGUAACCAAGGCCUUGCUCCUCGCAUCUUCCAAAUGCUGUUUUCAGAGAUUCAAAAAGAACAAGAAAACUCUGAAGGAAAAUUGAUAAAUUAUCAGUGUCGUUGCUCUUUUGUAGAGAUAUUUAAUGAACAGAUUGGGGAUUUGCUUGAUCCUACACAAAGGAACCUUAAGAUAAAGGAUGAUGCGAAGAAUGGAUUGUAUGUGGAGAAUGUUACAGAGGAAUACGUGACAAGUUAUGAUGAUGUGACUCAGAUUCUUAUCAAGGGACUUUCGAGCAGAAAAGUCGGAGCAACCACUAUAAAUUCUAAGAGCUCUAGGUCUCAUAUUGUGUUUACUUUCAUCAUUGAGUCAUGGUGCAAGGAAACAUCAUCCAAGUGUUUUGGUAGUUCAAAGACAAGCAGAAUCAGCCUUGUUGAUCUUGCUGGAUUAGAUAGGAAUGUAACCGAUGCCACAGGCAGACAUUCCACAAGAGAAGGAAAGAAUUUGAAGAAGUCUAUGUCACGGCUUGGGCAUUUGGUCGAUUCAUUAUCUAAAGAAACUGAAAGACCAUCAGAAGAUCGUUUGUACAGAGGUUCCUGCUUGACCCAUUUAUUAAGAGAGUCAUUGGGGGGAAAUGCUAAGCUCACAGUUAUUUGUGCUAUCUCUCCAGAUAACAACCAUUCAGGUGAGACAUUAAGGACGUUAAGAUUCGGACAACGAUUGAAAUCCGUAAAGAAUCAACCAAUCAUAAAUGAAAUAAAGGAAGAUGACGUAAAUGAUCUGAGUGAUCAAAUUCGUCAACUAAAGGAAGAACUUAUAAGAGCAAAUGCCAACUCAGGGAAGUCAGUUCGAAAGACUGGUUACUUUCAGGGGCCUAACGUAAGAGACAGCCUGAAUCAUUUAAGAGUUAGUAUCAAUCGCUCUCUGAUUUUGCCAUGCAUUGAUAACGACUCAGACGAAGAGGUUAGUUGUAAUGAGGAAGAUGUGAGGGAAUUGCAUCAGCAACUGGAUAAGGCCCACAGCUUUUCAGAAGAGAACUCGGAUAAAAGAGAUUCACUUCACUUUUCUUCUGUAGGAGAAAGUUUUGCUUCAUAUUCAAUGAGUGAUGAUGAAGUAAGUUAUCCCCAAACAAUGGAAGAAAUAAACCCUGUAGAACAUCAUGAUGAAAAUUUUCAUGAGGACAAGAUUAUUUUAACAGAUAAUCUUAGUAGCCAUGAUUCCAAGGUUCCUGAUCCAGUGAAUCGAAGGAGUAUUUCUGUCAGCUCAUUCUAUCACUUUCCUAAUCUUGAAGAUCCACCCUUGUCUGAGUCUCCAAAAAUUGGAAAUUCUCAAAGGAAAAGUUUGGCUGUUGCACCAAGUUUUGCAGACCAUCAUGGAAGUAAGAUGUCAGACAGCUUUAAGUUUAACAAAGAUGUACUGAGGCAGUCACUGAGUCAGAGUAAAAGCAUCAGAUCCUCAUUGCGAUCGAGCAAUAAUUUUGAGGAUCCUACAGAGUCAUUGGCAGCUAGUCUUCAAAGAGGUUUAAAGAUAAUUGAUUAUCACCAGCAAAGCUCAGCAUUAAACAAAUCUUCAGUAUCCUUCUCCUUUGAACACCUGGCUCGAAAAUCAUGUCCAGAAGUCAACAAAGCUGUAGGGUCUCUUCAAACACUCGAAGAAGACAAUGCCGUUGCCAUAUCUUCUCCCCAUCAGCUUUGUGCAUCUUGCAAAAGAAAAAUUACCGAGAACGACAGUAAUGAAGUACCGAGUAGCAACAACGAACUUGCAGCAGUUAACCAAUCCAGGAAUCUCAAUGCCAUUGUAGGACUCAACCAGUUAGACGAUCUUGAAAAGGAGAGUGCACAAGAGAAAUGCGAAAUAAAGGAAAUGCAGGAAGUUCAGAGCAAUGAAAAUUGCUUUACUGAUGUGUCUGAGAAGGAAGAACUUCUUAAAGAAAUUCAAAAUCUAAGGAGUAAGCUGCAAACAUUUGCUGAUGUUUCAGCUAACAAGUCAACUGACAAGCUGAGAUCCUCACUAUUGCUGUCACGCUCGAUCCACCUCAGAAAAAGCUGUCUAGGAGGAGGAGGUUCCCAAACUACUAACGAGGCGGAACUUGAAAAGGAAAGGGAGAGAUGGACUGAAAUGGAGAGCGAGUGGAUUUCUUUAACUGAUGAACUGAGGGUCGAUUUGGAAUCCAUUCGACAGCGUGCGGAGAAGGUGGAGCAGGAACUGAACACAGAGAAGAAGUGCAAUGAGGAGUUGGAGGACGCACUUCACAGAUCUGUUCUUGGACAUGCUAGAUUUGUUGAGCAUUAUGCUGAAUUGCAAGAGAAGUAUAAUGAGUUGGUUGGUAAGCAUCGUGCCAUCAUGGGUGGAAUAGCAGAGGUGAAAAGGGCUGCACAAAAGGCUGGCUACAAAGGCCACGGUUCUCGGUUUUCGAAAUCACUUGCUGCCGAGCUUUCAGCUCUGAGAUUUGAGAGAGACAGAGAGAGAGAAUUCUUGAAAAAGGAAAACAAAAGCCUUAAGCUCCAACUUAGAGACACUGCGGAAGCUGUCCAUGCUGCUGGGGAACUUCUCGUAAGACUUAGAGAAGCAGAACAUUCAGCAUCAGUUGCAGAGGAGAGUUUUACAUCAGUUCAACAAGAGAACGAGAAGUUGAAGAAGCAAAUGGAGAAGCUCAAAAGAAAACACAAAAUGGAGAUGAUUACAAUGAAGCAGUACCUUGCAGAGAGCAAACUGCCAGCUUCAGCUCUUGAACCACUGUAUCACGACGAUCACUCCGAUGUCGGAAUCGACAAGAGAGCCUCGUAUGUGGACGAUGAUCAAGCCUGGAGAUCAGAAUUUGGAGCUAUAUAUCAAGAGCAGCAUUAUUAAACUAUCUAGUUUGAACCAAAAAUUUCUAAGAAGAAAAAUCUCAGGACAUGAACUUUGAUUUGUACAGGGAGGGGGAGAGGGGCAGCUUCAAUAGACCCUACUUGGGUCUCACAUGUGAGAUUGAUUGAUUUGUGUGACAUUAUUUGCUUUAGAGGUAGAAUGAUUGGUAUUGUUUUUUUCUUUUUACAUUGUACUGUAUGAAUGAUUUUUUAAUUAUUGUCAGUAUUAUUUAUUCAUAGUUUCCAAUUACAUCUGCAAUAUGAAGUUGUGUCAUUUGCCUUUUA